AUGCAAUACCAGAUUCUGAACGUUGGCAUGCUUUUAGCCCUUGCUGCUGCAACCCUCCCACCGACGGUUUACCGGGGUGACGCUCGCAGUCCCGAUACAAUUAGGGCCGACGGCGGUUUCCUCCCGCGCGGCGGCUCGUUUGGUGAAGCCAAGGAUUCUUCUAUGAGCUAUGACCAACACGUCAAAAUGGAGCCUGGCAAGCCAGGAUAUAACCAGGACCCAUUUAUUUCGACCUCCAAGGAUUACAAUUGGAUUGUUGGAUAUUUUGGAAGGCAUUUUAAGGGCAGGGAUGUGUGGAUUUAUCACAUUAAGACUGCGGGCUUAAAGAAUGCUAUCGAUAUUAACCAGGCCUACAUCCAAGACGGCAUUGAAAACAAUCACGCCAUCGAAGAAGAAGUUGCGGUGAAAGAUAUUAUCCCUUGGUCCCAGAUUGUCAAGUGGGAUAAGUACAGGAUUAGCGCCGACGGGUCGCAGAAGACCAAGCUCAGCUAA